CCGCUUUCCUAGUCUCGACCACAUUCACGCGUAUGCGUCAAAUCUUGUCCCACCUAGCCGGGUUGGGCGUGUUUGGAGUCUCGACGAAACUCCAUUAGCGCAGACGAGAAACGGCGUGCGUGUACCUUAUAAUACGGGAGCAUUGGCGAACCGCACCGUGGGCUUCACACAAAACCUUACCUUCUAGUCAUGAGCGCUGCCGUUGCCUUGGUCGCUCUCUGCUUUCUAACAGUGCUCGCGAGGCACCUCCGGCAGGCGUACUCAAGGCUCCAUGAGCUUGCGGGCCCAACACCGUGGAGCUGGAUCCUGGGCUAUAGGUACGAUUUGCACAGCGCACCUGCCGGCAAUCUCUUCAGCCGCUGGAGAAGCAAGUAUGGGCAAACGUACAAAGUCAGAGGCCCUUUCGGGACCACUGAGCUAUUCAUGGGUGACCCAAAGGGCGCAUCUCAUGUACUCGGGUCUUACAGUUACAUUCGUAAUGAAUCGAACCGUGCUAUGGUGGCGGAGUUCUUCGGCGAAUCAAUUUUCACUGCUGAAGGUGAUUUCCACAAACAACAAAGAGCAGUACUCAACUCUGCCUUCACGUCCGCCAACGUUCGCGAAGUCUCGCAGGUUAUCAUCGACCUCGCAAACAAGCUACGGGCAGACUGGGAGGAUAGGCUUGACCAUGCAGGCUCAUCCAGUCUGACUCUUGACGUCAGCCAUGAAUUGCAGAGCCUUGCAAUCGACGCGAUCAGCAUAACGACGUUCUCUUAUGCGAUCUCCGACAAUGCAUCUCUUUCCUCCCUGCUCGCCAAGAUUGCCAAUCUCCCUCUAACGAACGCUGCGCUUGUUGCGGAAUCGUUCGUCGAGGCGUUCCCAGUACUCUGGAAAUUACCCAUCCCUAUCAAGCGCUGGCCGCGCAUCAUGAAGUCGGAAUUGGGCAAGGUUGCUGAUAGGGUGUGGAAGGACAGCGAAAUCGAGUGCAUGAGAAAUGAUGGAAUGCAUUCCAAGUUGCUGGAAGCUAUGGACAACAGCAAGGUACUAUCUGGGCAGCCAAUGGACCGAGAUCUGGCCAUCGCGAAUAUACUAGCCGUCAUUUUCGCAGGAUAUGAAACGACUGCUAGUGCAAUAGGGGAAUGCUUGCACGAGCUCGCGCUCCAGCUUGCUAUACAGUCCAAACUUCGUGCAGAACUCGUCUCGUUUGCAGAUAUCACGGGCAGAGACCCGACCUAUGACGAUCUUGCGAGUGCUACGCAGUUGCCGUACCUGGACGCUGUCGCACGCGAGACUAUGCUUACGUAUCCGAUCGUAAUGAACCUUACACGGGAGGCGACAGUCGAGGACAGUAUCCCUUUGCAGUUUCCCGUCCACUCGACGGGGGCUACGCAUGUCGUUGUUGAGCCAGGGCAACUCGUCCACAUCCCCAUACGUGGCGGCAUCAACAACGAUCCUGAUAUAUGGGGACCCGAUGCAGAAGUGUUCAGACCGGAACGAUGGCUGGACAAUGGAAAGGGACUGCCGGAGAGCGUCAAGACAGUCCGCGCUCCUGGACAUGUGCUAUCGUUUGGGGACGGACCGAAGAUCUGUGUCGGACGCCACUUCGCACUAGCCGAGUUCAAGAUACUGAUCGCAACUCUGGUGCGGUACUUCCACUUCGAACACGCGGGGGUGGACUACGACUUCUAUCGGGUCGGAAGCAACACUGUCAAGCCGAAGAUACGUGGAAAGGACGGGCUGUCUCCUAGCCUCGAGCUACGAAUCAAAACAGUGUCGGACAUAUGACGGGUAUGUUUCCAAUCGACAUCGCAGCGGUGACCUGGACAUGCACACUACAACUGAUUCAUUACUUUUGGGUGUCAUCGAAGGCUCUUGCUGCUCGGCGACACAUGCAGCGUCGUUUUGUAUCAACACAGCUAGCGCUCCUAUACACGAAUCCGUAUACCAAUGAUUACACCAGUAAUGCAUUACCAGGUCUCACUAUAGACAGUGUCUGCACAGUUAGAGUGCAUCGUAACCGAAUGCGUACC